UUUGUGCAGCAAAAAGCACCCAUGCAUUAUCAUGGUAAUUUCAGUGGGUGGAGGUUUAAGGGGGAGCCUGUGUACAUGUUAAACGAGGUUAAGUGAGUCUAGUUUCUUGUUGCGUCAGGACGCCGCAACUGUACCCUCACUUUCUAGACAGAGGCGUGGGAAAGCAGCGAUAAAGAUUUUAACGAUACGUUUCUGCUAUUUGCUGAGCAACGAUGACGGCCUCCAAUAUUGGUAACGGCCCGGAUAAAAAUUUCAACGCGAAAGAAGAGCGAAAGCUGCGCAAGCCCUUGAUAGAGAAGAAGCGCAGAGAGCGGAUCAACUCGAGCCUUGAGCAACUUAAGGGUAUUAUGGUGGAUGCCUACAGUUUGGAUCAAUCUAAAUUAGAGAAAGCUGAUGUUCUUGAGAUAACAGUUCAGCACAUGGAGAACCUUCAAAGAAGCCAUGGACCAGGUAGUAGUCAUGGUCCAGGCACUGGGUUUGAAUCUCGACAAAGAUACAGUAGCGGUUAUAUCCAGUGCAUGCAUGAGGUGCACAACAUGCUCUUAAGCUGCCCUGGGAUGGACAAACCUUUGGGUGCACGCCUACUAAACCACUUGCUGAAGUCUUUGCCACAUAUUAGUGCUGAGGCCACCUCCAGCUCUCUUCCUUUAUCCCCAACUCAUUCCCCUCUAAGCCUGCCCUCUUUACAGCCCAACCCACUUCACCUGCACACUCCCCACUCUCCUCCCCCUCCUUCCUCCCCCUCCAGCCCUUCCCACUCACCAAGAAUUCACCUCAUGAGAGAACGAAGUUACAGCGUAUCCCAAGAACAUCCCUCUCCCCCCGGGUCUCCUUCCCCUCUACCUACAGCACAAUCGGCCCUUCCCCCUUUCUUUCCAGGGGGCGAUCCCUCUAUGUGGAGGCCCUGGUGAAUGAAUUCAACCCAGCCCCCAUUUGCCCUCCCCCUGCCCUUCCUGGCCUGCCCUUCCAUACCUAAUAGUUUCCAUUACUUUUGAUCUCUUGGGAGGUUGGAGUGCUUUAUGCUCAGAGGGGGCUAUAUACAUGAUAUUGGGUUACAAAGUCCCAUGGGGUUUUGUAGCAUCUUUUAAAGCACUGUAGUGCAUGCCUGGUUGAUUAUGCUAUUUGCAUGCUUUGAGGGUAUGAACACAAACGUGUAAUGACACCAAAGUUGCCCUUAUUGACUGACAUUGUAUAUAGAAUAUUGCUGUCUAGUGAAACUGCUGUCUUGACCACUUUUAAUGCAGCAUCAUGUCUUGUAUUCAUGAACUGGUUGUGCAUUUUGGAUUUUUUUUGUCAUUUUAUGUUAACAAUAUUAUUUUUACUAUAGUUGAGUUGUAGAUUUUUUAAAUUAUGUUUAUGUAGUUAAAGGGAUAGUUUACGCAAAAAUGAAAAUUCUGCCAUCAUUUACUCAUCCUCAUGUUUUUCUAAACUUUUAUGAGUUCCUAUAUUCUGUUGAACACAAAAUUGACUUCCAUAGUGGGAAAAACAAAUACUAUGGAAGUCAACUGUGUGGUUACCAUCAUUUAUCAAAAUAAUUUUAUCGUGUUCAACAAAUAAAAGAUACUCAUACAGAUUUAGAUGAACAUGAAGGCAAUUAAAUGAUGACAGAAUUUACAUUUUUAGAUUUUUUGUUGGAAUUAAGCAUGUUUUUCUACCUUAAAUACAAAACUCUGUAAUCUGAAGACUAAUGGUGGUUUAGAAAGUGUAGAAUAGGGGAGAACAUUUGUGAAAUAAAUACUCCAUCCUUGUAUAUUACAAGAAGAGAGAAGACAGACUUUUACCUCAUAUUGAAGCCGUUAACACUGAUUUUCUUUAUGAAAACUCAGAACUGUGUAUUGAUUUUACACUGAUAAUAAACUUUUGAAAAUUAUUAUGAUGAAUAAAUCAUAAUUAAAAAGUUGUUUUAAAAAAAUUACUGUAACAUUACAGUUUGACUUCUGUCAUUUCCUAAAUCAUAUACCUACUGUAUUUCUCUCUAACCGAUUUAUAAAUUAACAUGUAUUCAUUUUUAAAA